CAAUGUCUUUGUCUUUUUUGAGCAUGGCUGCUGCAGUAAUACUCUUCCUGCUGUGGAUUUUACUGCUGUAUCGUACAGGAGAGAAACAAAGGAGUGAAUCAGACUAUAGUUCAAAUGCUCUUGGCUCCAGAUUCCUGUCUUCCGUUUACCAGUUCCGUCCCCACUCUCUAUCCCCCUCUCUCCCUGGACCCACUUCGCUCCCCCUCCUGGGAAACAUGCUGGAUCUCACACGAGACCAUCUGCCCGAUCACCUGACCUCAUUAGCCCGACGUUAUGGAAACAUCUACCGCCUUCGAUAUGGCAAAACAACCAUGGUGGUGUUAAGCAGUGGCGACACGAUCAGGGAAGCUCUGGUGAAGAAGUGGACUGAUUUCGCUGGGAGGCCACACUCCUACACAGGCGAUUUGGUUUCUGGGGGGGGGUAUUCCAUCUCCCUGGGGGACUACAGCCAGGGAUGGAAGAUGCAGCGUCGGCUGGUGCACAGUGCCCUGCAGCGCUGCUGUCUUAAAUCCCUGCACGCUGUCAUCGAGAGGCAGGCUCUCAGCCUCAGGCAGGUGCUGCUGACCUACAAGGACACCGCGGUGGAUCUCUCAGAGGACUUCACAGUGGCAGCAAGCAACGUCAUCACAACCCUCAUCUUUGGAAAAGAAUUCACCAAAAUCUCUGCUGAGCUCCAGAGUCUGCACAGCUGCCUGAAUGAGAUCGUGUCUCUCUGGGGCUCACCCUGGAUCUCCGUCCUGGACUCCUUUCCUCUGCUCAGGAAGCUGCCCAACCCCCCCUUCUCUCGUUUACUGAAAGAAGUGGAAAGGAGGGAUAAGAUCAUCAGAGGACACCUGGACGACCACGAGAUGAAGAUUCAGGACAAAGAGACAGAGGACACCAUUACAGCCUCCCUUCUCCAACACCUGGACAAGCCAGGAGAGAGGAACGACAAAGGGACACUGACAGAGACUCACCUGCACAUGUCUACAGUGGACCUGCUCAUCGGGGGCACAGAGACCACGGCUGCUUGGCUGUGCUGGACAGUGGCCUUUCUGCUGCACAGGCCAGAGGUGCAGUGGCGCGUGUACAACGAGCUGCGCUCGGUGCUGGAGGGUCGCUACCCGCAGUACAGUGACAGACACAGGCUGCCCUGCCUGUCUGCCCUGAUCAGCGAGGUGCUGAGACUCAGACCCGUGGCUCCGCUUGCGGUUCCUCACCGCGCUACUAAGGACAGCAGCAUCGCCGGUUACUUCAUCCCAAAGGACACCAUCAUCAUCCCGAACCUGUACGGCGCUCACCACGACCCGGCCGUCUGGCCCGAGCCCAAGGCCUUCAAGCCAGAGCGCUUUUUGGAGGGGGGAGGGGCUUCCACCCGAGCCCUGCUGCCCUUCGGAGGGGGGGCGAGGUUAUGCCUGGGGGAGACCAUCGCCAAGAUGGAGCUCUUCCUCUUUACCGCCUACAUGCUGCGUGAUUUUCAGUUCCUCCCUCCUGCCAAUAAUGCCCCCCCGCCGGACCUCAGGGGGGUGGCCAGCGUGGUGCUUAAAGCCAAGCCCUUCCGCGUCACACUGCGUCCUCGGCCUUUAUAGCGGCCAGAAAACCUAAAUAAUAUAGAUUUUCAUGUGGUUACUAAGUAGGAACUGAUGACAAAUGUUUUCUGGUGACAUGAGUUCUUACUCACUCUCCAUUUUAAAAUUCCAUACUUUUCAGACUGUAGUGGGGGAUGGAGAAGGAAAAAGUGUUUGACU